CAGCCCCACAUCUGGGGAGUGUUAGCUGAGUUGGGAUGCCUGUGAGAACAAGAAGCUUGUUUUGCAGAAGUUAAAGGGACGGUUCCCCACAUGGACUGAGAGAGGAGCAAGAGGCAACAGCUGGACGCAGCGCCUGGCAGCUUGUGCUGUAUCCUGCUCAGAAUCAUCCACUUGGACCCUGUUCAGAUACCUCCGGCAGCCUUCUAGGAUGCUUCAAGGCACAUCCAGCCUCCUGCUGUUUCUUUGGGCCAAGGUAGCAUCAUCCACGUGGUACGAAGGAUCUGGCUACGCCGCUGCAGAAAGACAGACCAAUGAAGUGUACGUCGAGGAAACGCCACAUGUUUCUCUCCCAGAGUACAGAGUGGCCCAGUGGUGUCACCGACUAAAUAUUCAACAUGGGGAGGCUACCUGCUACUCUCCCCGCGGAGGGAAUUACCGCAGCAGCAUGGGGGCGCGCUGCGAGCUCGCCUGCCACCGUGGAUACCGCUUAAUUGGCCGGAGGUCCGUCCAUUGCUUGCUAAACCGCCGUUGGUCUGGGAUGACCUACUGCAGACAAAUCCGAUGCCAUACUUUGCAAGCGCUAUACCAUGGUUCGUACCAAUGCUCAAAUGGGGUAAAGCUCGACUCUCAGUGUUCCUACACCUGCCAGCCUGGAUACCACCUGGAGGGGGAUCGCAGACGCGUGUGCCUGGAGGACGGGCACUGGAGCGGCAGUGACCCAAUCUGUGUAGAUAUAGACCCUCCAAAACUCAGAUGCCCCGACUCUCGAGAGCGCAUAGCAGAGCCUGACAAGCUGACCACCACGGUGUACUGGGACCGCCCGCGGGCCACAGAUUCUGCUGACGGCGUCAUCAAACACGUGAUGCUCCGAGGCCCAGAACCAGGCUCUGAGUUCCCUGAGGGGGAGCACGUGAUCCGCUACACCGCCUAUGACCAGGCACACAACCGAGCCACCUGCAAGUUCGUUGUGAGAGUCCAAGUGAUCCGCUGUCCCGUUCUGAAGCCACCAGAACACGGUUACCUCACCUGCACCUCAGCUGGCAACAACUACGGAGCCACCUGCGAGUAUCACUGCGACGGCGGCUACGAACAGCAGGGUACCCCCUUGCGGGUCUGCCAGUCCAACCGCCAGUGGUCAGGCUCUCAGCCUGCUUGCACACCCAUGCGGAUCAACGUGGACGUGAACUCUGUAGCUGGCCUCAUGGACCAGUUCUACGAGAAGCGCCGGUUGCUCAUAAUCUCGGCUCCCGACCCCUCCGACCGGUACUACAAGAUGCAGAAUGCCAUGUUGCAGCAAGACACCUGCGGGCUGGACUUGCGUCACAUCACUAUCAUCGAGCUGGUGGGGCUGCCACCCCAUGAGGUGGGACGGAUUCAUGAACAACGGCUCUCGGACGACGUCAUAGAAGGGCUCAGGCAGUUCCUGCACGUCACCCGUUCCCGCUUCAACAUGGUGUUUAUUGACAAAGACGGCGUGGACCGUGACCGCUACAUCCAGCCCGUCGCCCCUGAAGAGCUCUUCUCCUUUGUCGAUACCUACCUGCUGACCAGCCAGGAAGAGCUCCAGAGGGAGCAGAAUAGGGACACCUGCAAUUGACGGUAGCCCCGCCACCUGUAAGGGCAUUGGUAGACCUCCGACUCCCUCACCUGCUAAAGAAUCAACUGGGCCUUUCCUUUUAAGCAUCGUAC